GGCAAUGCUGCCCGCGACAGCGCGUGGAGAGGCUGUUCCGUGCGAAGGUGGCGACGCGCCGAAUGGCCAAGUGGCUGCGGGAGAUCAGGGGCGGCGGCCCCUGCAGCGGGCCUGGCAGUGCCGCCCCAGGUGGCGAUGCGGCAGGCCGCGCCUUGGCGCUGGAGUCGGCGGUCGCCGAGCUGCGGCAGGCGCUGCGGCUGCACCUGGAGGAUGGCGGGGCGCGCAGCGUGGAGCGGGCCGAGCCCGCGCCCGGCUCUGCAUGA